AUGCCGCCGAACUCGACGAGCCAGGGAAGCAAUGCCUCGAAUUCGUCAGCUGCCGGCACGGCAGGCAGCGCAGCGAACCCUGCCACCGUGGGCACUGGCGGCGGCCAUGGUCCAGGUGAGGACUGCUCUCCGGGGCAGUACUGCGGCUUCCCGACCGGCAUGAGCCCGAGCCAGAUCCUGUGCCCCAGCAGCAACAGGUGCCCUGGCGAGGGAUCGCCAUCGUUUCCGACAUGCCUCCCCGGCACGGAGAACGCCUGCGCUUGCCAGCAGGAGAUGGCGAACGGGAAGCAGGCAAGGACGUGCGAGUGCCCGCAGAGCGGGGACUGCUACGAUGCGCUGCCGCCCCCGGCGGCACGACGCAUGGCGGCUGCAGGUGGCGCUCUGGGACCCGGCGGGGAGUGCGACGCCGGCCAUCAGCAGUUCUGCGGCUUCCCGCAGGACACCCUGGUCAGCCAGAUUCUGUGCCCGAGCACGAACAAGUGCCCAGGCGAGGGAUCCCCCAGCUUCCCAGACUGCACGCCCGGCGACGAGAACGCCUGCGCCUGCGAGCAGGUCUUGGACUCGAGCGGGGGCCAGGAAAGAACGUGCACGUGCCCAGAGAGCGGAGAUUGUUACGACGCAGUUGCCACUGAGAACUCGAGCCAGGAGAACGCGACCACCAUGACGAACACCACCAACUGGAAUCUAACCAGCAUGGCAAACAUUACCGAUUUCAAUGUGUUGGCAAGCCUGAUUCCAUCGUGGUGUAUCUCGGAGGGGGCCUUUGACUGCACAGCGGGCGUCAACAAUUGGGAGGCCGGAUGGAGUCCGGACAAGAAAGAGUGGUGCUGUAAGUAUUUCAAGAUAGCGUGCGAAGAAAUCGAGUUGAACGAGAGCCUCGGUGAUCCGAAGUUCUACUCAGAGUUCAUUGGCGAAGAACAAAGAGUGCACAUCAUAAAUCUGCCCGUGGCUUGGAGCAUGGAGCAGGUCAGCCGGUUUCACGAGGCUGCCUGCAAGGAGGUCGACACCUAUGGGCGCGUGGGCUGCAAGGGCGUCGAGGGCGGCCUCCGGGCCGUGGCGGUCUCCGCCAGCCCGGCGUGGGUCAAGCUGGUCAUGAAGCGUUUCAUCAAGCUCGACCCCGGCGUCACGUUCGCGGACGCCGACGCGUUUGCGGAGCAGAACCUGAAGCUCCCCCUCGUCGAGCCUGCGGAGGCGCAGCCAGAGGGCCAGGAGGACGGCAGUGGCGCCUCUCUCUCGGAGGCGCCGGCGCGGAGACUGAGGAUCGAAGGACAAAGAACCCUGCAGCUCACGCAGUCGCUGACGAGCGGCACCGGGUGCUCGUUCGCGCCAGGCACGCAGUGCUUCGAGCGGCUUAAGAGCGAGGGGCUCUGGGGCCUCGGCCGCGUGGGCGGCUGUGCGAAGGGCGGGGGCUCCAGCUGCGACGGGGGGCACGAGGUCCGCUACAAGAUGGGGUACGGGGUCCACGUGUACGUCCUGGACACGGGCAUCAUGACCACCCACGAUGAGUUCAGGUUCCUAAACAGAUCUGGCGAGGACGGAGGCGAGGUGCGUGCCAUCCCCACUUUCGAGGUGUCGGACGAUGGCCUGAGGGAGUGCGACUCAAAAGACACUUCCUGCGCCCUCGACCGUCAUGGCCACGGCACACACGCUGCUGGCAUCAUCGGGGGAAACCUCUACGGCUUGGCGAAAUACGCGACGCUCCAUGCGUGCAAGGUGCUGGACGACGACGGCUCAAGCAGCAUGUGGCGCUUCAUGGUGGGCGUCAACUGGGUCGCGGAGAAGGGCAAGAGGCCCGCCAUCAUUGCUGCCAGCGUGUCGGCCUCGGGCAGAAGCGCCUCCCUGGAGCGCGAGAUCUCCAGGGCCGUCAACGGCGGGGUGGUGGUCGUGGUGGCCGCGGGCAACGUCGGCGACACAAGUGCGGGCAACGUGGACUCGGACUCUUGUAGCGUCUUCCCAGGCAACAUCCCUUUCGUGGUGACAGUGGGCGCCACCAACGCGGACGACACGAAGGCUUCCUUCAGCAGAGGGGGUUCGUGCAUCGACAUGUUUGCUCCUGGGCAAGACAUCCUGUCAGCAGGCAUAUCCAAGCGCAAUGCCACCAGGAUGAUGAGCAGCACAUCGAUGGCCGCAUCACACGUCGCAGGGGUCGCCACGCUGCUGCAGUGGGACAGCGACGAGAGUCAUUUGAUGCCAGAGCAAAUCUCGGGAUCAAGAAGAGGCUGGUGGAGUCCGCGGCCGACGGGCAGCUCAAGCAGGUCGGAAAGGACACCCCGAACAAGCUGGUCCAGUAUGCUCCUCUGGCUGCGACGGGCCCCGUGGAGCCAGCGGAGGUAUCGACCACCACGCCCAGGCCCACCACGUCGCAGUCCACGAUUGUGA